UUAAAAACUAAAUAUUAUUUUCCCUAAACUCCUUACUCCACUACCAAAAAGAACAACAAGAAAAAAACUUCCGUUUCCUUUUAAAUUUUAUUUCAAAAUAUCAAAAGCACCUACAACAAAAUGCCACGCUGUUUAAUGGCUAAGAAAUGGAAGGCCUAUCCCUGGCCCGACCGGGCUGAGGACAAAUCCAACAACUCGACACCUGCACCCACACAAACAACAACAACAUCCUUAUCGAGUUCCACUACUCCGGAACUGAGCAUACAAGUAAUACCAAAGAAGGAUGUUGAAACAAAAUCUCGUCGAUCUACCAUCGAUGAAGAUGAAGAAAUCGAUGUUGUGGGUGAUAAUGUUUUGGUAAAUGCCACAACCACUACAACUGCUACUGCUACAGUCAUUAUAAAAUCGAGUGAUUUAAAAUUAUUAAAUACGCAAACCACUACAAAUAAUCCAACAUCCUCUUCUGCAACACCCUCCUCAACAUCAGCGACAACCUCGUCAGCAUCAUCAGCACCUACGUCGUCGUCGUCAUCGUCAUCAACAACAUCCUCUACAGCUACGUGUUGGGGUCCCUCAUCACCAACGGCUGGAGCUACAGCUCCAAGUCCCCCUCCACAUUCACCAGAAGCAGCCACACGUGGUACCACUAAUUUAUAUAAUGGUUAUAAUCAUGAUAUUUCGCCUCUACAUUAUACCGCGUACCUGCCUCGUCUAGAAAACGAAGUUACCGUCAUAACAAGCACCUCAAAUUUACAUCAGCAACAAGCCCCCCCUCAUCCAUACAACUAUCAAACGCCUCCGCCCUCGAAUACAUCGUCACCUUCAUCGUCACCCUCGACACGCAGCAGCAGUUUAUCUUCGCCGUGUGAACGUUUAAGUCCGCCCAUUAUACGCAUUAAAACCGAAACGUCUUUUAACGAUGACAUCGACGCCAGUAGUACCAAAUCGCGCAAAUGUUACACGAGUACGGGUGCCGCUCUGUCUUUGCCUCCUAAGAAAAAAGAUAUUUAUCGGCCCUAUUCACUGGAUGAUAGACCCUCAAACGAAAACUUGCGUUUAAGACAACCGGCAGAAGAAGAUUUGCAUGCAGCACAUGCUAUAUUGGAUCUCAGCGCCUCCACUGCAUUUCAUCCGCCUACACAGCCUCAUCAGCUGCAACAACAGUCCGCAGCUCAAAAGCAUUUGACUCAUCAGCCUUUACAUCCCUUGCAUCACAUAACCCAUACUAUACAGUUGCAACAACAACAACAGCAACAACAACACCAUCACCUGCCUGUUCAUCAUCAGCUGCAGGAUGUUACACUCUCGGUGGCCACUACUACUCCCUCCAUAGCCGAUCUGGCUUUGGCGGCUAGUGUGGCGAACGAGCAUCGACCCCGCUCUAAUUCUUCCAUGCACAGUUUACAAAGUAAUUCGGACAGUGAACGUCAGCCCAGUUCACCGGCUGGCAGUGUACAAAAUGAAAACAACAAUACAACCAAUCAAUUUCCUAUUAAUGGUGCUGCUGGCGCCUCUGUGAAAACAGUGGCCUACACCUAUGAGGCGUUCUUCGUUAGUGAUGGUCGAUCGAAACGCAAAAACAUUACAGAUCCUCAGGCGGUGAUACAGCAAGAACAACAGAAGGCCAAGUAUACCUGCAGUGAGUGUGGUAAACAAUAUGCCACUUCUAGCAAUCUGUCGCGCCACAAGCAAACACAUCGUUCGUUAGACUCACAAUCCGCCAAAAAGUGUCAUACCUGUGGCAAAGCUUACGUGUCGAUGCCAGCCUUAGCCAUGCAUGUACUAACGCACAAACUUUCUCACAGUUGUGGAGUAUGUGGCAAACUGUUCUCGCGUCCAUGGCUGUUGCAAGGCCAUCUAAGGUCCCACACGGGUGAGAAGCCUUAUGGUUGUGCACAUUGCGGUAAAGCCUUUGCGGAUCGUUCCAAUUUAAGAGCUCACAUGCAAACCCAUUCGGUGGACAAGAACUUUGAAUGUAAACGCUGCCAUAAAUCUUUCGCUCUGAAAUCGUACCUCAACAAGCAUUUGGAAUCGGCCUGUCUCAAGGAUGAGGCUGACAUGCAAUUCGAUAGUACCAGUGACAGCGGUGGCAUGACAUCUCCUACACCAACUGAGGACUAUAAUCAUCCUAGUUACCCCCAACAAGCACAAAAUGGUUUUACAAUAAGUCAUAUACCCCAACCAGUACCAGCAGCGGCCGUAGUUAAAGUAGAAGCCACUUUUGCGGGUUAAACAUAAAAGCAACAACAGCAACCAACAUAUUGUAAGUAGUUUUUAAAGAAAGUCUAAA